AGUGUGCAGAGAGAGAGGGAGGAUGAAGGAGGAGGCGCCACAACUUGGAGGAGACGGAAAGAGCAUCGACUGUGAGGGGGGGAAAGAGGUGAGAAAGUGCGGGCACAGACAGGAGCUGUUGCCCUUCAGUCGGAGGGCUAUCUGGAGCUCAAACAAACAGCGACUCCUCCGCACUGACCUCCCCCGAGGGACGCGCCGCGCUCUCCGGGCAGCGGUCAUGGCCACGCCGGAGGGCUGCCGCUGUCGGGCUGCCAGCGUCCGAAACAACAACAACAACAGCAGCAUUCUCUACAGCAUUUUGAAGAGCGACCGGGAAGAAGGAGAAGAAGAAACGCUCCACAACUUACUUCACAGGACCGCCUGUUCCGGGCCGGCCUGGCAGCAGGAGCCUCCCCGGCAGCAGCAGCAGCAGCAGCAGCAGCAGCAGCAGGCGUGUUCGUGCGGGGCGACGCGGCGCCGGGGGGUCCUCCGCUCCCCGCACGUUACGUGCAAAGCCGCGUCCGCCAUCCUGGUCAAGACGCUCCGCUUCGUCAAGAACGUCCCCUGCUUCCGGGAGCUGCCGGAGGAUGAGCAGGUGGUCCUGAUCCGGAGCGGCUGGGCGCCCCUGCUGGUGCUCGGCCUGGCGCAGGACCGCGUGGACUUCGAGACCGCGGAGACGCUGGAGCCCAGCAUGCUGCAGCGGAUCCUCACCGGGGAAAAGUCCAGUCCGGGGACGGCCCAGAGCGAGGCGGCGGUGGUGGCGGCCGGCCCGAGCCGAGGCGGAGGCGUGUCGGUGGCGGACAUCGAGGCCAUUAAAGGCUUCCUGAAGAAGUGCUGGAGCGUGGACAUCAGCACCAAGGAGUACGCCUACCUGAAGGGAGCGGUGCUCUUCAAUCCGGAUCUAGAGGGUCUCCGCUGUUUCCCGUACAUCCAGUCCCUGCGUCGCGAGGCCCACCAGGCCCUCAACGAGCACAUCAGGCUGAUCCACCGCGAGGACACCACGCGCUUCGCCAAGCUGCUCAUCGCCUUGUCCAUGCUGCAGUCCAUCAGCCCCUCGGUGGUGGCCCAGCUCUUCUUCAAGCCCAUCAUCGGCAGCGUCAACAUCGAGGAAGUCCUCAUGGAGAUGUUCUACGGGAAGUAGUAAGGACCGAGACCCUCCAGCUGUCGGAGUGGCUCCCAUUGUUGGAAAGGAAGGGCUGAAUUCGAAAAGGGGACUUUGAGAAAAAAAAAAAGGAAUAAUUGACACAAGCUGUAGUGAAUGUUAAAAAAGUAGAAGCAGCUUAACUUAUUUGUUUUAUAUAAACUAUUUUUCUAAAAUGUC